AUGCUCCCAGGCAUUCGCCUGUUUCACGCACCUGGACUUCGGUGCUUUCGAUUGCAGGUCCGAACCAUGGCCAGCCUUCAGGAAUCCUUCACUGAAGCAGCCUCACAAGCGCAGCAGCACAAGGAGCCUGCGAAGCAUGACGUCAGCGGCGGCGGCGCGAGCGGGGACGCCGUGAGGCAGGCGCAAGCGAAAAAGAUGAGCGGCGGGGGGGAGGAAGCGCGUGCAGAGGGGGAGGAGUCGGAGGAGGUGCGCGGGGAGCUGGCGGAGGCGUACGAGAAGGAUAUGGACGAUUACGGGCAGGCAUACGCGACGCGGUCGUCGGACGAGGGUUUCGGGCAGAUCUACGGGGAACCAGUGACGCCCUUCGGCGUGCGUGGCAGGUAA